CCCUUCCCCCCUCCCCCCUCAUUUACAUGCCAUCUCCGAAGCUUCGCUUUCGGGUCUCUUCAGACACACUCCUUUCUUUCCAUCUCCAUGUGAUUUUGUUUGUUCAGAUUCUCUUCCUGCACAAACGCGUGCGAUUCUCCUCUGCUUUGCUUUCCAGCUGCCAACUCCAAGAUCUGUUUGUGCAAUCCUUUAGAAUUUAUGUCAACUAUUAAGAUUCCCGAGAAAAUCCCCUGAUUUUCCUGGAGAUUUUGUGCGUUGUCGUUGAAUGCUGAUAGAUUUAUACAUAUGAAUGUAUGUAUGUGUCUCUUAAUUCUAUGUUCUAUGAGCCUCUCCAUAUCUAAUUGCUUGUUCUGUUCGAAUACAUCCCCUGGUCAGAUCUACGGUUUCCUAAGGUUUCUGUGAUCUCUGCUACCUUAAUUUUCGGGUUUGUGUUGGGGGGUUCUAGGGUUUUAAUCCAGUCAGUUAAUGCCACCCUUCUUUAAAGAUAGGAGAGAAAUCUGUAAUUUUUUGGGUUUUCUGUGCUCAUCAUAGCUUUCACUUAUUGUCUUCGAAUAUAUUGGGUAAUCCAUUUGUUGAGUCUUGAAGGACAACUGGUUUUUUUAGUGUCUUGAAAAUCUGCAUUUGGCUAAGUUUCUUCUAGAGUUUUGAUUUGUUCGGUAAGGUUCUAAAGUUUCUCGGGGUUUGGUAUUGUUGAGCUCUUGUGUGAGAGAAUAAUAGGGUUUGAGCCUUUGAGGUUUUUACUAGAUGGAUAAGGAGAAAACCCCUGGCCACGGUGGAGGUUUACCACCUCCAUCAGGCCGUUACUCUGGGUUUUCGCCCACCGGAAGUAGUUUCAAUGUAAAACCUGAGCCGUCUUCGGCGUCACCAUCCUACCCGCCAUUGGCCCCAGGUUCUAGUUCAGACUCGGCUCAUUUUGGGCAUGGCAUGAGUGCUGAUUCCAGUCGCUUUAGCCAUGAUAUUAGCCGAAUGCCUGAUACCCCACGGAGGAGUUUGGGUCAUAGACGUGCCCAUUCGGAAAUUCUCACCCUUCCUGACGAUAUUAGCUUCGAUAGUGACCUUGGGGUUGUGGGUGGCGCGGAUGGGCCUUCCUUUUCUGAUGAGACUGAGGAGGACUUAUUGUCUAUGUAUCUUGAUAUGGACAAAUUCAAUUCAUCAUCUGCUACCUCAUCAUUCCAAGUGGGGGAGCCAUCUUCUGCUGCGGCAGCACCAAGUCCAGCACUGGCAGCCAUGCCAACACCAGCAUCAGGAGCUGUGACUUCGUCUGAGAAUUUUGCCAUUGGUUCUAAUGAAAGGCCCAGAGUUAGGCACCAACAUAGCCAGUCCAUGGAUGGGUCAACUACGAUCAAACCGGAGAUGCUUGUGUCAGGUUCUGAAGAUAUGUCUGCUGCUGAUUCGAAGAAAGCCAUGUCAGCUGCUAAGCUUGCGGAGCUCGCUUUAAUUGAUCCCAAGCGUGCAAAGAGGAUCUGGGCAAACAGGCAGUCAGCCGCUAGAUCAAAGGAAAGAAAGAUGCGAUACAUUUCUGAGCUGGAAAGGAAAGUGCAGACACUGCAAACAGAAGCGACUUCAUUGUCUGCUCAGCUGACCCUCUUGCAGAGAGAUACAAAUGGCCUGACUGCUGAGAAUGGUGAACUAAAGCUGCGCUUGCAAACAAUGGAACAACAGGUUCACUUGCAAGAUGCACUAAAUGAUGCACUCAAAGAGGAGAUUCAGCAUUUGAAAGUAUUGACUGGCCAAGCUAUUCCAAAUGGUGGUCCUAUGAUGAAUUUUGCUUCUUUUGGAGCUGGCCAACAAUUCUAUCCCAACAAUCAUGCAAUGCACACACUUUUAACAACACAGCAGUUUCAACAGCUCCAGAUUCACUCGCAGAAGCAGCAGCAGCAGUUUCAGCAGCAUCAACUGCAUCAGCUGCAGCAGCAACAACUGCAGCAGCAGCAGCAGGAACAGCAGCAGCAACAAACUGGGGACUUGAAAAUCAGAGGAUCAUUGUCUUCUCCCAGUCAAAAGGAAAAUGCUACCGAUGUUGACUCUGCUGUUUGAGAGAUGGGCGAGUAGGGCAGGUAUUUGAAGGGUCAUCGUUCAAAAUGGUAGUUCAGAUGCAUCACACAGGACAUUCCAUCCUUUUUGAAUCUGUUCAGGAACAUCUUUAUCACAUUUUACAUGUAGGCAGUUCUCAAUAUGAUUUUAGGACUACAUGCAUUGCAUGUGUAGUAGGUAGGUCUUUAUAUGUUUUAGUUUAUGAUUGAAUUGUGGAUUAUCUAUCUGGUUUGGUUUUAGUUAUCUAACACCUAGUUGUUGCUA